UGUCGGUGACGUCACCACGCACGAGGCGUUCUGCGUAGGCCGCCGCCUUGUAGGUGGUGGUGGAAUUUGUUGUUUAAGAUCUUUGACGCGUUUAAUGAUAAACAAUUAACAACAACAACAACCACAACAACAACAACAACAACCACAACAACAACCACAACAACAGGAGGAGGAGGAGGUUGACGUAGCGAUGGAGGCGAAGUCGUUCACGAGAGAAGUUGACCAUUGGAUCGAGCAGCUGUACCAGUGCAAACAGCUGGGUGAGGUGCAAGUGCGAGCUCUGUGUGAGAAGGCCAAGGAGAUCCUCACCAAGGAGAGUAACGUGCAGGAUGUCCGCUGUCCCGUCACCGUCUGCGGAGACGUCCACGGACAGUUCCACGACCUCAUGGAACUCUUCAAGAUCGGCGGUCGGAGCCCCGACACAAACUACCUGUUCAUGGGCGACUACGUGGACCGUGGCUACUACUCAGUGGAGACUGUGUCACUGCUGGUGGCACUGAAGGUGAGGUACCCAGAGCGUAUCACCAUCCUACGCGGUAACCACGAGUCAAGACAGAUCACACAAGUGAGGUACCCAGAGCGUAUCACCAUCCUACGCGGUAACCACGAGUCAAGGCAGAUCACACAAGUGAGGUACCCAGAGCGUAUCACCAUCCUACGCGGUAACCACGAGUCAAGGCAGAUCACACAAGUGAGGUACCCAGAGCGUAUCACCAUCCUACGCGGUAACCACGAGUCAAGGCAGAUCACACAAGUGAGGUACCCAGAGCGUAUCACCAUCCUACGCGGUAACCACGAGUCAAGGCAGAUCACACAAGUGUCUCUCUGUGUCUCUCUCUGUGUGUGUCUCUCUCUCUCUGUGUCUCUCUGUGUGUCUCUGUGUCUAGGUGAGGUACCCAGAGCGUAUCACCAUCCUACGCGGUAACCACGAGUCAAGGCAGAUCACACAAGUGUCUCUCUGUGUCUCUCUCUGUGUGUGUCUCUCUCUCUCUGUGUCUCUCUGUGUGUCUCUGUGUCUAGGUGAGGUACCCAGAGCGUAUCACCAUCCUACGCGGUAACCACGAGUCAAGGCAGAUCACACAAGUGUCUCUGUGUGUCUCUCUCUCUGUGUGUCUCUCUCUCUCUGUGUCUCUCUGUGUGUCUCUGUGUCUAGGUGAGGUACCCAGAGCGUAUCACCAUCCUACGCGGUAACCACGAGUCAAGGCAGAUCACACAAGUGUCUCUCUGUGUCUCUCUCUGUGUGUGUCUCUCUCUCUCUGUGUCUCUCUGUGUGUCUCUGUGUCUAGGUGAGGUACCCAGAGCGUAUCACCAUCCUACGCGGUAACCACGAGUCAAGACAGAUCACACAAGUGUCUCUCUGUGUCUCUCUCUCUGUGUGUCUCUCUCUCUCUCUGUGUCUCUCUGUGUGUCUCUGUGUCUAGGUGAGGUACCCAGAGCGUAUCACCAUCCUACGCGGUAACCACGAGUCAAGGCAGAUCACACAAGUGUC